AUAAAUACGGAUGCACACUGCGCAACAAACCAGCAAUUUGUGUGAGCAGACCACGUGUAGCCGCAGGAUAGUUUUCACCAUUAUUUCUUCAACUAUCCCGAAGCCCCCACUAAAAUACUAAGGAAAGUCAUAGUAGCACCUUUACAAUCGUCCGGAUUUUUAACUUACUCCUGACGGAAUUAUGGCCUGCGUUACCUUUGAGGAGGUAGAAAGAAUCGCUGCGCACAUACGGGGAGUGGUUAAGCUGAAGCCACAAAUCGGCAUCAUUUGUGGAAGUGGAUUGGGUAAAUUGGCAGAUGUGGUGACAGAGAAGGUGGUGCUUGCGUACAGCUCCAUUCCAGGAUUUCCACAGGUCACUGUGGCCGGUCAUACUGGGAAUCUGGUGUUUGGAAACAUUUGCGGCAAGCCGGUUGUUGUUAUGCAAGGGCGUUUUCAUCAGUACGAGGGAUAUAGUGCCCGAGAGAUUGCACUGCCGUUGCGAGUGCUGAAGUUGCUUGAAGUGUCGAUGUUGAUCCUUAGUAAUGCGGCCGGUGGUUUGAGCGCAAAACUGAAGGUGGGCGAUUUCGUUAUGCUCAAAGAUCACAUCAGUCUGGCUGGGCUAUCAUUGAACAACGUUCUGGUAGGCCCUAACGAGGACAAGUUUGGUCCACGAUUCCCAGCCACGUCGGACGCCUACUGCCCGAAACUGCGAGAACUUAUGAAGCAAACUGCAUCAGAAUGUGGCUUAUCUCAUAGGCUACACGAGGGUGUUUAUUUCCAAUGCGGUGGUCCCACCUAUGCAACCGACGCGGAGAACAGGUUGAUGAUUACUGCUGGGGCGGAUGUGGUCGGAAUGAGCACCGUGCCUGAGGUACACAUCGCACGUCACUGUGGGAUAACGGUCUUCGCCAUAUCUUUGGUCACCGAUCUAUGCAACCCAGAUAUACAUUCGUCGACGGUGACAACACACGAGCAAGUGUUGCAGGCUGCAAAUGCCAGUGCAAACGAUCUCGUGCGCCUUAUAACCGAAAUGAUCCGACGUCUGUGACGAAAACAUGACUCUAUCUGCUCGUUUGCUCAGUUAUUCACAAUAAAUUUGUAAUGCUUAAAAA